AUGCCCAAGAAGCACAGACAGACAUACCAACCCAAACCAGGCUCGAACUAUGUUCACCCCUCUCUCGGGGGCAGUCCUCGCACCAGCGAGAAUGCUCAGGCAAAACCUGUGUUAUCUGUCAACGAACGCCUCACCAACCUGAGACUCGCCCAAGCAUCUCCAGCUUCUCUUGAAAGAAAGCGACAGCUUGCUGAGCUUUCAAACCAAAGGUCAUUACCACCAAGUCUUGGUCAGGGUAUUUUGGGCCAAACUGCUGUAGCUGCUCCAGCUCCGAGAAACAGUGCUUCUCAGAGAUCGAGAGUGCGGUUGAGGACGCCCGGCCCUGCCCCUCCGCCUAGUUGGGUGUCGAGACUAACAAGUCAUAGACAAGCACUGGAAAAUCGUUACUACCUGGCAAAACGACAACCAAGGACUUUUGGCCAAAAUGGUACUCCGAUCAGGAAUAUGCCUCAAGGACUGGCUCGUUUCUUGAACAUGGCAAAUGAUAACCCUGUUAUCCCUGGCAGCUUACUGGACAUGUCGCUCAAGGUGGCUGCGCGGAACUGGUCGGAUAUCGUGGAAGACUGCGGCGAGUGGCUCGAUGUGAUUCCAGCGCACCUACGUGUUGUCUUGCUCAGUUACUUGACCACUCUGGGACCUCCGGAGGGUAUCGACAUGGCUGGCCUUCAUGCCCUCUUCCCGAAUCCAUCCGAAGCUUCUUCACUGGAUCUAUCAGGCUUGGUGGGUUGGGGCUUUACUAUCAAAGAACUUAGGAAAUGGCUCCACAAGUCAGCAGAAGAUACCAAAGAAGCAGCGGAAAAAUCACAACAACAGAAAAGCGACAUUGCGGACUCAUGGGACCAGGAAGAUUCAUCCUCAGACGACAGCGACUUCUUCAUCCCCAAACCUUUCAACAACAAUCUACAACACUUGACCAAACUCUCUCUGGCUCAUCCUCCUUCAUCUGCCUCUUGGACAGACCUCCUACUUCUGUCCAAGGACUUACACACCAUAACCCACCUCAGCCUAGCCCACUGGCCACUCCCAACACGAACGCCAAACUCAACAUCUCCCUACGCAUCUCUCGACCGCGACUUUGAAGAAUCAGCUCUAGUCCUACGUAUGCUAGCCGAAAACACAUACUGUCUGCGCUGGCUCGAUCUCCAAGGCUGCCACUCCUGGCUCCCAGCUUUGACUCAUCGUUCAUACGCUCUCCCACUCCAACCCACCGACUCCGACGACAGCGACAACGACUGGUCCUCGCAAACCCAACGCCUCAAGGGCCCCGAUUGGAACGGCGCCUGGCGCCACCUCACCUACCUAAACUUAUCCCAAGAAGCUUCCUCUUGGUUCCCUCUCAACGCCACGUUUCUAAAAUCCCCUUCUUUCCGUCAGAAAAUGGCAAAAUCGUAUUUCAGGAUUGGGGUCAAGCAUCAACAAAUCAUAGACGAUGUUAGGGAUUACAUCUCGAUGCAUCCAGAGAAGAGAGAGUUUGAAGUACAGCAUUGUGGCGAUUGUCAUGCGGAUGCUGAUGUAGGUGAGUGUUGGCAAGAGUGUGGUGCUUGUAAUCAGUAUCAGGAUAUGUUUGUGGGCUUGAUGGCUAGAUGGUUGGAGAGAGAAACAGAGGCUAGAACGGUGGCUAGAGGGAUUAUUGCUGCGAGACAGGGUACAGGGUUAAGGUGUACUUUUGACCAUGGGUGGCAGAGUAGAGAGAGCUAUCCUGUUUUGAAUUGGCCAUAG